AUCGCGCGUAUGUCGUGGUCUGGAGGAAGCUCCAGAGAUGCGGAAAGCGCUUGCGGCGCCGGUUACAGCUCGAUUAGUGGCGCAUGUGAGGCAGUAACAUUAAGGAAGAGAAAAAACAAAAACUCCACCUCUUAGAUGAAAAAAUCCUGGAUCUUCAAUAUGAUGAGACCACUCGCCCAGUCUACUCGAUAUAAGGGUUGAAAGAAACGCAUAAUUAUCGUUUCUUCGGUUUAUUCUUCAGGCAUCAUUAUCAUUUCUUGGUAGAAAAAAAUGGCAGGGAGACGAGAACGAGAAGAGUGUAGUAGGAUAAAAAGGGAGGUGUUUGUGUGGACCCACAUGGUCGCGCUUGUUCCGCUUUUCUCUCCCUUGUAAGGAAGUUGAGGGGACAUACAUUCACAUGGUGCUUUUAAUUCUCCCCUAAGCUAGACACUGCUACCAUUCCUUUUACUUCCACAAAGAAUAAGAAACUAAAUGUCAAUUAUUGACUUUCUUCUUUUUUGGUUCUUUCCUAGCUAGGUUGGCUCCACCCCUAUACGUAUAUCUGAACCUGCUUUAAAAAGAGGCUGCGACGGAGGAGGUAGCUGCCCCCAAGUUGUCGACCAAAGUGAACCCAAGGACAGUGCAUGGAAGUGCUCUGGCGUGACGCAAAAGUCGUUCAAACUAUGGCCAUGUCCGUUGUUCCACCUCCCUUUCCCAUUCAUCUGAUGCACAUGCGAGCUUAAGCUUAUACUUAGCUAUAAUCAGAAUAGCAAGCGAAUGCCUGAACAAAGUAAGUUCUUCUUGCUCUUGUUCUUCUUGUAAUGAUCUCUACUUGCUUAUUCUAUUUCUAUCUACGGAGCAUCUUCAAUAUGAUCUCUACAGCGUGCUCUUGUUUCUAUAUCUUUCUCUUUGCUCAUUGUUGUGUUUUUUCCUAGUAAGCUAGGUCUGCUCGAUCACGACAUCCACACAAUAUUGAAGAGAUCCCGGCGAGAUAAAAGCAUGAAUUCGUCCUGAUGAAAGCCCUUCCCACUGCCCACGAUUAACCUGAUACUCGAGCUUGAUGAGCAAAAAUUCUCUAAGGUUGAAGGCGAUGGCGUUUUGUCUGAAAGGUGCGUUGGCUUUGGAGCCGACCACUGUGACCC